AUGUCCGCCUCGGACAGUACCAACUCCUCUCCUCCAACGGAGGACGAGAAGAGCUUUGCUAAGGGUCCCAAUGAGACUAUCCAGCAUAUUUCAGAGAGUGAGGAGAAGGCCAUCAUUCGCCGCAUUGAUCUUUGCCUUCUUCCAUUGAUGUUCUUUUCAUACUUGCUGCAAUAUCUCGACAAGACCACCUUGUCGUAUGCAUCGAUCCUGGGCCUUUUGAGUGGCACGCACAUGACCACAGCUCUUUACUCAUGGACCUCGAGUGCCUUCUAUUUUGGUUACCUAGUCGCAUCCUACCCUGUAUCCCUGGGAUUUGUAAAAUUUCCGCUCGGCAAAUACCUUUCUACUAUGAUGAUUCUAUGGGCUAUCGUCUUGACAUGCCACGCAGCAGCUUCCAACUUUGCAGGGAUGACCGUCCUACGUGUACUUUUGGGAGUCUUUGAAAGCGCCAUAAGCCCCGGGUUCACCUUGGUUGUGAGUAUGUGGUACACGCCAUCAGAGCAUGCUCUGCGCAGCUGCAUCUGGUUCGCAGGCAACGGCGUCGCUGCAAUCUUCGGAGGCGUUCUCGCCUACGCCAUCGGCCACAUUGAAGACAGAUUGGGCCCGUGGCAAUGGCUCUUCAUCAUAUUCGGACUGAUCACCCUGGUAUGGUCGAUAUUUCUGUUCUUCGUCCUGCCCGACUCCCCACGUAAUGCCAAGUUCCUCCAACCGAAUCAGCGCGAGCCCGCCUACCUUCGCGCGCAAGCAUGUCAGAAGAGCUACCAAAGCCGCGAAUGGAAGAAAGAUCAAUUUAUCGAAGCGUGGCUUGACCCGCAAACAUGGUUCUUGUUCGUCUACAAUUUCAUGGUCUCCCUACCAAAUGGAGGCAUAACAAACUUCUCUAGCCUGGUUAUCGAGUCUUUCGGCUUCGAUACCUUCAAUACUCUCUUGUACAGCAUCCCCAUGGCUGCUGUGGCUCUCGUCUUUCUGCUUGUUAGUGCAUUCACAUGCAAUCGCUUCCGUGGACUUCGCUGCUAUUGGAUGAUUAUCACUCUUCUGGUCAGCCUCAUCGGCAUUCUCCUUAUGCGACAGCUCCCCACCGAGAAGAAAUGGGGUCGGUUGGUAGGGGUCUGGCUCGUCAGUGUCUUUGGUGCCGGAUGGCCUCUUAGUCUUAGUCUGGUCUCAAGCAACUUUGCCGGAUUCACCAAGAAAAGUACCGUGACAGCUAUACUUUUCAUUGGAUACUGCGUGGGAAAUAUUGCCGGCCCGCAGUUAUUCAAGACCAACGAAGCGCCAAAGUACUUGACUGCGUUCGCCGCUAUUCUGGCCUGCUUCUGCAUUGCUGUCGCGGAUGUUAUUGCUCUGCGAGUAUACAUGAUGUGGGAGAAUGAGCGAAGGAAUCGCAAGCAGGGUCGGACCAUUGAGCCCGAGUCACCAGAGAUGGAGGAUGCUGUACAGGCGUAUUCGGGCCACAACGAGUCAGGCGAUAUUACAGAUUGGCAGAACGAGAAUUAUCGGUACUGUUUGUAG